AUGACUUUUGUGGAAGCUGACGAGGUUCCAGCAUUUUUUUUAAAAAUUGCUAAAAACAUUCCACGAGUUGGACGAAGCGAAAAGUUUGAUGAUUUCUAUUCAAAAUUUACCAACAAUAAUCCUAAUACAGGAAAAUAUCAGGAUAAUUCGAAAUCUUGGCAAUUGCAUGAAAAUUCGGAACACUUUGCUAAGCCACUUAAGAGACGUUUGGAUUAUUCUCUGAUGGAUCAAUCUUAUUCUUGGCAAAAUUUUCCACUUGCCAUCGAAGGGCCUAGGGAAUUGUGGCGAACUUUAGCAGGAUAUUCGAAAGAUCCUUUGGAAGACAUGUCGAAUGAAAUUUGGACGAGGAAGAAACGGACCGACCAAGAGGUUUCCGAUUAAAAACAAUUAGAAAG